AUGUCUUCAAAGUCAAGACCAAAACAACAAAACUCCAAAAUUCUUUCUGCUUCUGAUGAAGAAAUCAAAUACAGGAGAAAAUAUAAAGAACUUAAAAAGAAAAUACAUGAAAUGGAAGAGUUGAUAGGAGCAAAAAAAAGCAUACAACGAUUGAAGAUAGAAAGAAGUUUUCUAGUGGAUCGUUUAGAGCAAUCACAACAACAAAUCAAUAACGAAUCUGAGUCAGAGACCUCAUCAUCUCCACAAAGAGCAAUGGAAUCAGAUGAUGAAUUAUCUUCGGUGGGUAGUGAUGAUAAUAAAAAUAAUAAAAAGAUAGAAGAUUUAAAACUUUUAAUACUUUUUCAAGUUGUAUGCUUAUAA